AAUCGAAUUCUUGGUUUGGGGGGAGGGGUUGACACGUCCAAAAUGGAAAGGGCUUUUUUCAUGGCAAUUUGGCAAACAAAAGAACAAAACAAAUCCGUGUACUAUACCGUAUUGUUGAUGAUGGUGAAUGCAAGCUGACGUGGCAAACCAGUUCUCUUGCUUUUAUUAAUCUCACAGAAAAUGAUGCCGGAGAAAGCGAUGCUUAUGAAUCUCUCUCUCUCUCUCUCUAACAGAACCCAAAACAAAACAAAACUAAUGCUAUGUCUCAGUUAGUUCUUCUGAGUCUCCGAGGUUAAGAGUUGAGCUAAGACGCGACACACACACCUCUCUAACUCUAACAUUCAAAAUUCGAUGUCGGGGUUUUGAUCCCCUAGCUGAGGUCCCACAGCCUCUUGUAUUGUAUUGUGUUGUAUGUAUUUGGGGUAUGGCGGAAUCAUCCACUAGUUCUGCUGUUUCAGUUGAUUCCAUUUCCAGAGACAACAAGUUCUGGAAAGGGGCAUUUGCUGUCGCUGGAAUCAUGCUUACCCUCGUCACCUAUGGUGUCUUGCAGGAAAAGAUCAUGAGAGUGCCGUAUGGAGCAGAAAAGGAGUAUUUCAAGCAUUCACUGUUUCUUGUUUUCUGCAACCGCAUCACAACAUCUGCUGUUUCUGCUUGUUCUUUGCUGGCAAGUAAAAAAGCAAUGGACCCAGUAGCUCCCAUUUAUAAGUAUUGCCUUAUCUCGGUAUCAAACAUACUAACUACAACUUGCCAGUAUGAGGCCCUCAAAUAUGUUAGUUUUCCUGUUCAAACCCUUGCCAAAUGUGCAAAAACGAUACCAGUUAUGGUCUGGGGUGCCCUCAUUAUGCAGAAGAGAUACCAGGGACCUGACUAUUUGUUGGCUUUUUUAAUUACCCUUGGUUGCUCAGUAUUUAUCCUAUAUCCGGCAGGAGCAGACAUGAGUCCUUACAGUAGAGGAAGGGAAAAUACAGUUUGGGGAGUUCUCCUAAUGGUUGGCUAUCUUGGGUUUGAUGGCUUUACAAGCACAUUCCAAGAUAAGUUGUUUAGAGGCUAUGACAUGGAGAUACAUAAUCAGAUAUUUUACACAACAUUGUGCUCUUGUAUUCUUAGCCUGACAGGUCUUAUCUUACAAGGACAUUUAAUACCAGCUGUAGAAUUUGUUUAUAACCAUCAUGAUUGUUUCUUUGACAUAGCAUUGCUUUCUACUGUUGCCACAGUUAGUCAAUUUUUUAUUUCAUACACAAUUCGCACCUUCGGUGCUUUGACAUUUGCAACCAUAAUGACGACAAGACAGUUGGUGAGCAUUAUGCUGUCAUGUGUGUGGUUUGCCCAUCCUCUUAGCUGGGAACAGUGGAUUGGAGCUGUCAUUGUCUUUGGCUCCCUUUAUGGAAAAAGCUUCUCGAGGAAAAUGCCUCAAAAGACAACCUCCUCCAUAACACUUGUUCAAAAGGGGGAUCCAAAUAAUUUGAAGGACAAUCCGUGACAGAGAUGGAGGUAAAUUUUCCUGAACUGACACCUGCUAAUGUCUGCAGUGGUGAUGUGGCUUCAGCUUUAACUUCAGAGUUGGGCAUUCAAUAUUUAAGAUCAUGGAUAGUUUCAUUAUACAGAGUUGGUUUGACUUAAAAUCCAGUCAGCAUCAGCUGCUGCUAGAUGUGCAGAUUUUGGAAUCACAGUCAUAACAAUAGAGAACUUAAAAGGAUUUUAACCCCGUAUUUUUUGGUAGGGGAGAUCAAUUAUAGACUGACUAGGGCCAAAAGAUGCUUAUAGAUUGAUAUAUGUACAAUGCAUUUGCUCAAGCAAAAGUUGUUACUUUGUUCUGUUUUUCAGAAAUGUGUAGUGGAGAGAAAUUUGUUUGUGGUAAUUUCCAGGAUCCGUUAUUUACUUAGUGUAAUUGGCAAUUUUAUGGUGUUAUUAUCUAUAA